CCUAAAAUGACCUCAAAUAUUAACAUCUUAUUUGAUAAACCGAAGCUUACUUUAACAGCCUUGGAAACAGUAGAACAAUACGAUUUUGACAUUAUUGUAGAUAAGGUCUCAGAAUAGCUGAAAUAUGUGUCGCAAAGAUUAAUUGAGGGCUAAUAGGAAACUGAUCUUCCUUAUGAUAAAGAGAAUAUUAUUCUGCCAAGAUAGCAGACAUAUAUUUAGAAAGUAAAGGAUAGUAAAUUUGCUAAAAAGAAAAAAAAGUAUUUUGUCCAUAAUUUAAAUUUUAUAGUCGAAUGGUUUGGGAUGAAAAUAAAAAGGAUUGGACUUUGAGAAAAUUAAAAAAGAGAGAUUCAAUAAUACCUCCUAUCAUUGAAGCUACCAAGUCAGAUGCAUAUGAAGUAACAAACCAAAUUAAAAUUAGGAUGUCUUUAGGAAAAAGGAAAUUGAGCAUGAACUUAAGAAAUCUAAGAAACAAUUAAGAUUGGUGUAGAAAGAUAAAUAGAAAUAGAAGAAACUAUAGUCCAUAAAGAAGUAACUCUGAUUGUUUAUAAUAUAUCCAAA